ACAAAAUUUCUUACAAUCUUAGAGCCAACUUUAGUUGGGACCAUCCACAUGGAACAGGAUAUGACAAAUUUAUGGUUAGAAUGGUCAAGGCAGAUGGGGAAUUUUAUUCUUCCAGAUUAGAUUGUGAGGACGGUUCCAACCAAUAUGUGAUAGAUACGUUUGCAGUGUUCAAUAAUCUUCAACAUGGCUCUACAUAUGUAUUCCAGAUUGGUCUCUACGAUUCGACCUCUCAUGGCGUUUCUCAGCCCGCGGAGGAAUUAUCAACAGCAGCACCCGAUUGUUACGUAGAAACGUCUGAUCUGGACUACUGCGCGUCAAAAGACAUAGCAACGAUCGGUGUACCAGUUGCCGUGCAGAUAGACGAUAUCAUAAAGUAUCAGAGACCUAACCCUACGGUGACCAUCUAUGUGACAUGGCGUCGUCCAGUGCAGAUCAACGGCCUUCUCACAUUAUUUUCUCUCAAUAUAUGGAACGCGAAAGGCAUGGUGUUUACGAAACUUCUGCGAGUCAACGAAGAACAUGCUGAUGGUCCAGAUGUAACAUUCUUCAGGAACAUCCCCAAUAUCACAGAGGGUAUCGAAAAUAGCCUCAUGGUUACUGCGUACGUCGCCCAAGAUGGCAAGUUUGGGAGUAUUUCUGGACCAGCAUAUCGUCUAAACUUUACCUCAACACCAACAACGUAUGUUACGUCUGCUCCUCCACUCGAGAUCGGAGACUCUGAGAUGGUGGAAAUUGAGGUGAGAAGACGUCAUAUACCCGUUUUGACGUCAUCAACCCCACAAACAUACAGUCAGAUUAAUCAGGUGUCAGAUCCUGUUCAUUCUAUACCUGACACCUUACCUGCGACCGAUUUUCCAGCGUCUAGUCCUGUACCUCCGAACCAAGGUCAGAGUGAGUGGACCAAGGUAUUGCUCUAUUCAGGUGUGCCAGCGAUCGUCCUCACCUGUUGUAUCGCCGCCAUCUUGAUUCGUUUUCGACGGCGACGUUCCAAAUCCAGCGACGAGACACUUUUCAUUCGCUACCUUGAGAAUGGCAGCGCAGAGAAGCCACCCACACCUACAGUUAAACGGCCAUCUGUAGAUUUCCGUCCUAAGGACCCUGCAUUUGAAGGCAAAGAAUUUGACAGAUCUCUUCUGAAGAUUGAGAAGGAAUUGGGUGCCGGUCAAUUUGGAAUCGUAUACAAAGGUUAUGCAUUCGGUCUAUAUGGAACCAAGGAAUACGUUCCAGUAGCUGUUAAGAGUUUGAGAGUUAACGCCACACCAGCAAUGGAAGAGGACUUCUUAAAUGAGAUUAAGCUGAUGAUAGAUCUUGGUUCACAUCCUAACAUCCUGCAGAUAAUAGGAUGCUGUACAACACAAGAACCUAACUAUCUCAUUACAGAAUACAUGAAGUAUGGGGAUCUACUCCACUUCCUUUGGAAAUGUAGGGAGGACAAGUACAGGAGACAAGACAGCAUCUUCGACCUUACGCAGGCCAACCAGCUCCAGAUCUGUCGGCAGAUCUCUCGUGGAAUGGAAUACAUCUUCAAAACUCGCUAUUACCAUGGUGAUCUAGCCGCUCGCAAUGUGUUAGUUGGAGAAGGGUUAGAAGUGAAGAUAUCGGAUUUCGGUCUGGCUGAUGACAUCUAUCAGAGUGGCUACAAACGACUCGCUCCAGACAAGAAAAGACCAGUCAAGUGGGUUAGUCUUGAGACGAAUACCAUUGGAAGAUGUACCAUACAGAGUGAUGUAUGGUCUUUCGGAAUCGUGAUGUAUGAAAUCUACACCCUUGGUGGCAUACCUUACCCGGGAAUGGAUGGAAGAGAAAUCAUAACAAAACUACAAGAAGGAUACCGUAUGCCCAAACCUGAUCAGUGUCCGGAUGACAUCUAUGACAUCAUGAGGGCAUGUUGGCAUGCCAGCCCAUCGGAGCGUCCAACCUUCACCGCGAUAUUCAAGCGACUGGACGACAUGCUCGCCGUCGAUUCAGACUACCUCACUGCGGAGCUCGAUGACGUCCAGCAGUUCAAUUUCACUACAGCGCCAUCACUCGACGACAAGGAAUCAGUCGGCCAAAACUUAUCAGAGGAAGAUAUGAACAUGCCGGCGAUUGGUGAAAGAAUGGCAGAGGAGGAGGUGGGUCAUCCGAAGAAGAUGAAAGAUUCGGUUGCUAUGAAUACUAAAUCCAUGGAAACGGCCAUGGGUCAUAGAAAUCCUGGAUUUCUGAUGGAGGAAGAGGAAUGCUCGGUAUCGAUCAAGCGUGACAGUAGGAUUUUACUGGAUCCGAUAGAGCAUGGUUGUGGUGGUACUGAAGUGGUAUCGGAUAAAGUGUAA